UGAGAGGUUCAGUGAGGGUUACCGACGUGUGCGAGUCCGGAGCCGUUUGGUCAAAGAGGACAACUUGCUUAAAAUAAUCUGAAAAUAUUAUUUUUUUUCAGCGGUGCGGCGUGACGUGACGUUAACUGUGAAGUAAACGUAUGAUUUUUUUUUUUCAUUGUAAAAAAACACAUUGUGUUUGUCUCGUAGCCUCAAUGCGGCUGUCAGAUUCACAUCUGCCUCAAAAUUAAAGCGAAUAUACGUUUUGAAAUAGAUGUGAAACUUUCAGUUCAUUUUGAAAUUAGCCGCGUGUUUUUCAUAAUUAGCGUUAGUUUACAUAAAGCUAACUUUAAGCGUCACGUAUUUCAUUAAAGACAACAUUUGCGCUUGAAGUCUGUCAGUUUAAACUUGCAAACGAUGUUUUACUGAUAAAAACGCCAGAAUAUUUUAUUUAUUGUUGCUUUAGUGUGUAUUUCUGUCAGACUCACCAUCAGUGUCCGUUAAAACAGUUCAGCCGAUAGUUUAACCGUUAUUUUUUUGAUGUCCCGAGAGAAGCCUGAGGGACACCGCUUUAUUAUGUCGCUUUUUUUACAGCAGGGCUGAAGGGAAAUUUAAAAGACCUAAAAAUAAAGUGUCGGUUUCUACUCCACAAAGAAUCAUUUGAACUUCCUACCGCAGAAGGAGAAGGACAUAAAUAGUUCUGACAUGUGGAUGUAAUUUCAGAAAAAAAGGCAGACAGAUGCAGAGAAAUAAAACGCGAGCGGGAGAGAGAGAGUGGGAACAGUUUGAAUCGAGCCUGCAGAUCUGUCACAAGGAAAAGCCGUGAGAAAAUAUUCAUAAUUUUACAAGCAAACGAUGUAAUGGGAGGGAAGCAUAUGGAGGCGAAAUGACUGGCUCUUUGACGGCGCUUAAACAGACGUAAACAUCAGAGAAAUCCCAUUUAAGCUGACAUCAAUUUACGUGAACUUGAGUCGGGAUGGGAGCCACGCUGAUCGUACACACUUUAGGUUUUCUCUUUUGCGGCACCUUGCUGAGUUUCGUCUAUGGUCUGGUCGAUGCUGAUGAUGUCCUCACUAAAGAGGAGCAAAUCUAUCUGCUGUUCAACGCAAAGAGGAAAUGCGAGCGAGUGAUCAAGUCCAAACAUAAAAUUACUGAGGGUUACUGCUCGCCGGAGUGGGAUGGCAUCGUAUGUUGGCCUGAGGGAGUUCCUGGAAGGAUGGUGUCCACUGCCUGCCCAGAGUACAUAUAUGACUUCAACCACAAAGGACAUGCCUACCGGCGCUGCGACAACAACGGGACCUGGGAACUGGCUUCAAAUAACAACAAAACCUGGGCUAACUACAGCGAGUGUGCCAAAUUCCUCUACCCACCGGACCAAGAGAGGGAGGUUUUUGACAGACUUUACCUGAUCUACACGGUGGGCUACUCCAUCUCUCUGGGAUCACUUAUGGUGGCCACAGUCAUCCUCGGAUACUUUCGGCGGCUACACUGCACCAGAAACUACAUCCACAUGCACCUGUUUGUAUCGUUCAUGUUGAGGGCCAUUAGUAUAUUUGUGAAAGAUGUGGUGUUGUACUCUGGUGCUGCAUUACAGGAAAUGGAACGCAUCACUGUGGAGGAUCUCAAAUCCAUCACAGAAGCCCCUCCUGCCAACAAAACCCAGUUUAUUGGCUGUAAGGUUGCCGUGACUCUCUUCUUGUACUUCUUGGCGACUAAUUAUUACUGGAUUCUGGUGGAAGGCUUGUACCUGCACAGCCUUAUCUUCAUGACCUUCUUCUCAGACAGGAAGUACCUUUGGGGCUUUACUCUGAUUGGAUGGGGUGUUCCUGCGAUGUUUGUCACCAUCUGGGCCAGCGUGAGAGCCACUCUUGCUGACACAGAGUGCUGGGAUUUAAGUGCAGGAAACCUGAAAUGGAUUGUGCAGAUCCCUAUUCUCACAGCAAUUGUUGUAAAUUUUUUGUUGUUCCUGAAUAUAAUCAGAGUCUUGGCAACAAAACUUAGAGAAACAAAUGCAGGGAGAUGUGACACCAGACAACAGUACAGAAAGCUGUUAAAGUCGACUCUGGUCCUCAUGCCGUUGUUUGGCGUUCACUACAUCGUGUUCAUGGCAAUGCCCUAUACAGAAGUGUCUGGGGUCCCGUGGCAAAUCCAGAUGCAUUAUGAAAUGCUCUUUAACUCAUUCCAGGGAUUCUUUGUUGCAAUUAUAUAUUGCUUCUGCAAUGGAGAGGUCCAAGCAGAAAUCAAAAAGUCAUGGAGUAGGAGGACACUCGCUCUGGAUUUCAAGAGAAAAGCCCGGAGCGGCAGCAACACAUACAGCUAUGGACCCAUGGUGUCUCACACCAGCGUCACAAAUGUGACGGCACGGGGCCCUCUGGCCCUGCACCUCACUACCCGCCUGGGGCCCGUCACCAUCAACGGCCACCGGAACCUUCCGGGAUACGUGAAGAAUGGCUCCGUCUCAGAGAACUCCAUCCCAUCCUCGGGUCAGGAGCUCCACAUACAAGAGGAGGAACCUUCAAAGAACUUCCAGGUGGAAAAAAACAUCCCGGUGGUGGAGGAGGAAAGAGAAACCGUCAUGUGACUUAAGAAAGAUGACAAAUGAUGUACAGAAAAACGUUGAAGGAUUAGCAAGUCCUUUGUUUCUCAGGAUUUCCUCACAAUUUGGCUUGUGGGACCAUCUCAGAUGUGUUGGAGACACAUUGACUAACCUCAUGGACCAGAUACGAUCCGUAUCUUUUAAAUGAGCCACAAUGUUCUUGCGAGACUGGAAUCUUCUACAGGCACCGGCCUCUUCACCAGCAGUGUUUGCAGGACGAGAACAGAUUUUGGUAAUGGUGAGCACCAUAAUAUAUUACACGUGUGUUUCUGCGUUGUAAACACACAACGCCUGCGCUUUCAGGUUGUUGUAUCUCCUCCUUAGAUGAAGAAUGGUGAUUCUGUUUCAUAAGCAAGUCAUAUGAAAUAUAUGGCACGGUGGACCAUGAAUUGUAAAUAAGACAUCCGUGAUAUUUUAAAUAAGCCUACAUAAAAAUGUUUUUGAUCAGCACUAAUGUCAUUUUAUUUACACUAGUUCAGAAUGAUGCAACUGUCAGCAGGGGCGAUGUAUGUAUUAUAAUAGCAGGUUUUUGUUAGUAGAAUGUGAUAUUUAUAUGUCUCUAAGCCUUGAGAGUUUAUCAGCACACUGCAAAAAUGAUUUUCUUCCUUAGUAAUUUUGUCUUGUUUUCCAGUGCAAAUGUCUCAACAUUCUUAAAUCAAGGUAUAUUUACUGGAGAAGUAAAAAUUACUCAAGACUUCAUAUCUUAAAGGGGGACCUAUUAUGCCCCUUUUUACAAGAUGUAAAAUAAGUGUGGAUGUGAAGUUUUAACUCAAAAAAUACCCCACAGAUCAUUUUUAUAGCAUGUUAAAAUUUCCACUUUUGGGGGGUGAGCAAAAACGUGCCGUUUUUGUGUCCCUUUGCAUGCAAAUGAGCUGCUGCUUCCAGCCCCCUUUCCAAAAAAGGCUCGGGCAACAACAAAACAGAAUAAUCUCACGCACUGAAAAUGUCAGAAACUUUCAUUAGCUGUGUCCAGCCUUUUAUGUUUCAGAAUCAACCUUUGUGAAAAUCCAGCGUUGAACAGAACCUUGUUUGUGAAGCAGUCCGGCAUAAAAUGAUUGGCAUAAACGUAUAAGACUUUACCUACUUUCUUCGGGACAUUUCCUUUUAAAUUAAACCUCAAUGUCCUCAGUGACUGAUGGCGGGAGUCUAUGGAGACUCAUAUGUGCAUUUGUACAUCCCGAAAAAUCUCAAAUGAGCUGCUGCUUCCAGCCCCCUUUCCAGAAAAGGGCGGAGCUUUAAGAGCUCAUGCUCCGGCAUACCUGCAACAACAAAACAGGACAAUCGCACGCACUGAAAAUGUCAGAAACUGUCAGUAGUGGUGUUCAGUGCCUUAUAUGUUCGAACCGGAGGCGUUGAAAAGACCCUCUUUGUGAAGCAGUCUGGCGUAAAAUGAUUGGUACAAACAUAUAGGAAUUUACCUACUAUCUUCGGGACAUUUCCUUUUAAAUUAAAUCUCAGUGUCCUCAGUGACUCAGAUGGCAGGAGUCUAUGGAGACUCAUAUGUGCAUUGGUACAUCCCAAAACAUCUCAAAUGAGCUGCUGCUUCCAGCCCCCUUUCCAGAAAAGGGCGGAGCUUCACAAGCUCAUGCUCCGGCAUACCUGCAACAACAAAACAGGACAAUCUCAUGCACUGAAAAUGUCAGAAACUUUCAUUAGCUGUGUCCAGCCUUUUAUGUUUCAGAAUCAACCUUUGUGAAAAUCCAGAAGCAGUCCGGCGUAAAAUGAUUGGCACAAACGUGUAAGAUUUACCUACUUUCUUGGGGACAUUUCCUUUAAAAAUAAAAUUUAACCACAAUGUCCUCAGUGACUCAGAUGGCGGAAGUCUAUGAAGACUCUUAUGUGCAUUAGUACAUCUUUCCAGAAAAGGGUGAGGCUUCAAGAUCUCAUUUUCUGGCAUACCGGCAACAACAAAACAGGACAAUCUCACGCACUGAAAAUGUCAGAAACUGUCAGUAGCGAUGUUCAGCCUUAUAUGUUUCAGAAUCAAUCUUUGUGAAAAUCCAGCGUUGAACAGAACCUUGUUUGUGAAGCAGUCCGGCGUAAAAUGAUUGGCACAAACGUAUAAGACUUUACCUACUUUCUUCAGGACAUUUCCUUUUAAAUUAAACCUCAAUGUCCUCAGUGACUGAUGGCGGGAGUCUAUGGAGACUCAUAUGUGCAUUUGUACAUCCCGAAAAAUCUCAAAUGAGCUGCUGCUUCCAGCCCCCUUUCCAGAAAAGGGCGGAGCUUCACAAGCUCAUGCUCCGGCAUACCUGCAACAACAAAACAGGACAAUCUCACGCACUGAAAAUGUCAGAAACUUUCAUUAGCUGUGUCCAGCCUUUUAUGUUUCAGAAUCAACCUUUGUGAAAAUCCAGCUUUGAACAGAACCUCAUUUGUGAAGCAGUCCGGCGUAAAAUGAUUGGCACAAACGUGUAAGAUUUACCUACUUUCUUGGGGACAUUUCCUUUAAAAAUAAAAUUUAACCACAAUGUCCUCAGUGACUCAGAUGGCGGAAGUCUAUGAAGACUCUUAUGUGCAUUAGUACAUCUUUCCAGAAAAGGGUGAGGCUUCAAGAUCUCAUUUUCUGGCAUACCGGCAACAACAAAACAGGACAAUCUCACGCACUGAAAAUGUCAGAAACUGUCAGUAGAGAUGUUCAGCCUUAUAUGUUUCAGAAUCAAUCUUUGUGAAAAUCCAGCGUUGAACAGAACCUUGUUUGUGAAGCAGUUCGGCAUAAAAUGUUUGGCACAAACGUAUAAGACUUUACCUACCUUCUUUGGGACAUUUCCUUUUAAAUUAAACCUCAAUGUCCUCAGUGACUGAUGGCGGGAGUCUAAUGAGACUCAUAUGUGCAUUGGUACAUCCCAAAACAUCUCAAAUGAGCUGCUGCUUCCAGCCCCCUUUCCAGAAAAGGGCGGAGCUUCACAAGCUCAUGCUCCGGCAUACCUGCAACAACAAAACAGGACAAUCUCACGCACUGAAAAUGUCAGAAACUGUCAGUAGUGGUGUUCAGCGCCUUAUAUAUUUGAAUCGGAGGCGUUGAAAAGACCCUCUUCGUGAAGCAGUUUGGCAUAAAAAGAUUGGUACAAACAUAUAAGAAUUUACCUACUUUCUUCAGGACAUUUCCUUUAAAAAUUCAACUUAACCACAACAUCCUCAGAUGGCGGGAGUCUAUGGAGACUCUUAUGUUCAUUGGUACAUCCCAAAACACAACACUUCUAAAGCCUCUUUGGUGCAGAUAUUGUACAACUCCAGCUGCUACAGUGAGGAUACAGAAAUGACGCACUCUGUGCUUCUCACUCAGGGCUGUGUCUAUGCUAAUAGGGCAGAUCGUCACUGGCUGUGGGCGGGGCUUCUCCAUGACAUCAUCGUAGGGGGGAAUCUGAAUCAGCUCGUUUGAAGAGACUGCUUUUGAUUUAUGGGAAUCAUAAAAAAAGUGGAUUUUUACCAUUAUAGGUUGGUUGUUCUCAUACACUGCAGACACACAUCAGUGUUCAAACUACUGGAAAACAAGACAAAAAUACUGAGGAAAAACAUCUGUUUUUUGCAGUGUAGAUUUGCCAAGUCUUGCCAAACGGUCUUUUUUCUCUUCGUGAGUCUGACAGUGAAAACAAAAGGUGAUUCCCUCUGAAUCUCUGUAGAUCCAUAUAGUACAUUAUUGCCCGUCAUGAUGAAGCGAUUAUUGCAUUUGUAAAAUGUCAAAGCAUUUUGAAAGACACAUAGCAUGAAAGAGAAAUUCUGUGUCUGUAUGUUUCAUUUUCAGGGUCAUUUUUGGCUGCCUUAACCAUUGCAAUUUAUUAUAGCAGAUUUAUUAUAAUACCGUCAAUAAUAAUAUUUAUAAAAACUGGAUUAUCUCAAACCCACUACAGUGUUACAAUGUUGUUGGUGGAUGUCAGAAUGGUUGCUAAGUUGUUCUGAGUGGUUGCUAAGGUGUUGCUAGGGUGUUUGAUAGAGUUUACUGGUCCAGUACAAAAUCUUUAUAAUCCGAACCUUUGUUAUUUAGUCAGAUCACGUAUAAAACAGCUUUUAUUAACAAGCCAAAUGAUAUGAGGUGUUCAAAAGAGGACGAGUUAUGAACAGGCAUUUAAUAUAAAAAGGUAAAGUGUGCGUCCAUAUCUCCAACUCCAUGUAUGAACAAUAAUUAUCACAUUAUAUAACAGAUCCUUACCAUUUGCAUUCAACAGAAAUUAAAAUUUAAUUAAAAUGUUUUCAUAAAUAUAAUUAAAUGCGGAGCAAAUAUUGAUCUGUUGAGCUUUUUAUCAUCAUUAUUAUAAUGCCUUGCAAUAUAUCCUUUGUCAGCACCCAGAAUACCUUUCAUUUUGCAUUUUCUUCUGUUAUUUUGUGUCCUGUUUAGACUAUAUUUCGAGUGUCAGGCCAUAAACAAAUAUAUAUAAUAAAUACACAUUCUUGGAAAUGAUCUGCACUCUAAGAGUUUUCUAGGAAUUAUUGCUCAGCGUUAAAAGCAUCAUUAGAGCUGUUUACUGAAAACACCCGAACUUCACUUUCAUCAUUAUCGUAUAAUGAAUGAGUCGUAUGUGUCGCAUAUAGAUUUCAUCCUGAAAAGUCUUUCAUUAUACGUACGCUUCACUCCACUGCCUCAGUCAAUCACUUCAUAAUGUUUGUCAUAUAUUACUGUAUACGGGAAGAUGAAAACCAUCAGAUGCCAAAAUACUAUCAUUUCAUUUUUUCAUUGUUUUUACAGCCAUAAGGAAGAACAAACAGGGUUUGUUAUGUGUGUAUGGGGAUUGUUCAUGAAGCCAUCAUCUGUUGGUCAGUAUUACAGUUUUUGAGGCUCAUGGUCUGUUAUGUGUAAUCUAAUGCUGCUUUUUGUUACUCCAUGUAUAAACAUUCAUAUUGUGUUUACAUAAUAAUGAACAGGUCCAUCCAGUUAUGAGCUCAAUGUGUUCCUCUGCAUAUAUUCGGGAAUGUAAUAUGACUAUGAAAGGGCAGUAAUUCAUAUGCUGGCAGAUCAAUAUACAGCAGUACAUAUGCUGAAAUUAAGAUCCUCAAAAAAAAAAGUUUAAGAUUUCCAAACAAAAAAUUACAAUGCAUAUAUAUGAUCUCAUGAAUAAUUGUAACCUAUUGUGUAAUUAUAAUGCUUUAUAAUGCACCUUUAGAAAGUAUAAUGCAUUAAAACACGACAAAUAACCAAUUACAGAUGGAUCUGUGAAUAUUAUAAUGCAUUUUAACUUUGGUUACACUUUUUUAUGAAAAGAUAUAAUGCACUAUAAUGUACAUUAUGAUUACUUUUAUAAUGCAUUAUACAUAAAAGCUUUAAGUAAAGUGUUGCCGGACGAUUUUGCUUGUCGAUACAUUCAGACCUUUACUGUAUUUAUAAAUAAAUAUACUUAUGCAUUCUGCUUUUCUCUAUAUAACAUGUUUGAACUUGAAUUUGAGGAAGAAAAUGUCUUUUUUUACCAUUCAGUCUUAUUUAUAAAAUGCCAUCUAUGUUUGCUCUUGUUAUGUGUCCUGGUCCUCAACAGCAGCUCAGGCUGUUUGUUUUAGACGAACGGCGAUUGAUUGGGAAUGGUGGGUGUAGUUCAGAUCUUCAGGAUUGAGGUGUCUUGUACAGCCAACAGAUCGAUCAAUGAAGAAAAUGAUCUUAUUUUUACUGCUUUGAAUGACUGUUCAACUGUUCAGCUUUACUCCUGUGCAUUUUAUCACCCAUCAUUCUUCAUGUCAUCAUUAGAAAAGUGAAUCUGACACAUUGCAGCAAGGAAUAUUUUAUCUAAAAACACAGGAGAAACCGCUCUUUUGUCUACCGUUUCUUCAAUGUCGAGCUCCAAACAAGCACCAUAGAAGCACAUUUGAGAAAAUACUCCUUUAAAAUAUUUUAAAAAAUGAAAAUUUGACAUUGUUGUUGUUGUUUAUAUGUUACAUAAAUGCAAAAUAACUUUUCUAAGUACACCAGUGUUGUAUUAUUUAGUGCUGAUCAUGUGUAUCAUGUGAAUAAGAAAUAAAUGAAAAAUGUAUAAUUAA